AUGGCGGCGCCGGCGGUGUCUGCUCCAAGCUCGCUCCGCGUUUCGCGCCAGGGGAUGAUCGGGGGAGGACAAGGCUGGGGAGAACGGUGCCGCUACGGUUCACGGCAUCAGAGGGCUAUCCGCGGCGCCACUGUUUCUGCCAGAGCUUCCAUGAACAUAACAUGCUGUGCAAACCAGACACAAACGGCGCAACGCAAAUCGUAUUCAGGGCCAACCUCUCCACCAUCAGGUUCAGUUAAAGAGAAGGUGAAGCCGAGGCUUGAUGAUGGAGGCGUCGGGUUUCCGCCAUUCCGGUUCGGUGGAGGUGGCGGCGGCGGUGGUGGCGGUGGCAGCAGCUCUUCUGGUGGGUUCAUCCUCUUUGUGAUCGUCUUGCUCCUGGAUUACCUGAAGGAGUUUGAGAGGAACCUGCAGAAUGGGCCACGGAGGGGUAGUGAUUAUGACGGUGGGUUUGCACCACAGUAG